CUCCCCAGCUCGGAGUGGCUGGAGCUGCCUGCUGCAGCCACUGGGGACUGCCCGAAUCAUCAAAGCUCUCUGAAUCUUUUCCGAAGAUUCGGAGAGCUUUGAAUAGAUUCAGACCUUUAAAUUGGCCCCCUGAUUUGGUUUGAAUUCAGAGAUCUGGCCACUGAAUUGGGCCAAAUCGAAUCACCACCCGAAGCUUCACACAGCCCUACUAAUUACCCAAACCUAAAAACCAUUAUGUCAUCUUAGUGAUUAAUAGUUUCCUGUGUCAUAAUAUUCUACGCUCCAUAUAUUGUGGAAAUAGUAGGGAAAACUGAAAUCUCUGACCUGUCAUUGCCCCAACUACAGUAAAAUGUAGCAUGUAGCACAGAAGCAUUUUUCUUCUUGGACUCCUCUCUACAACAUGUCUAUCAGUGUCAGUAUUGGAAGAUGUUAUUGGGGAUUUUAAGUGUCUCUUACUAGAUGUGAAUAUUAAAAAUGGUAUAAAGAUAGGUUGACUUGUGCUGCCUGUGAAUCUGACUGGCUUAAAUGAUAAAUGCCAUUCUUUUUCCCUGCUGCUCUUUUUUCCUGAUGGCUGAAAGCAGACUAUAAUCUGCUAGAACUAGUAAUUGUGUGCUCUUGCUUCAUUGUCAUUGGCUUCCAUCUCUUCUGAACUAGAAAAAGAUUGCAUUGGGCAACAACUAAUUAGAUUCCAUUGUAAAUUAUCACCUGUGGCCAUGGAAUAAAGUAGAUGUAGGUGAGUCAUACAGAACAGACUUUUUAUUUAAAUAUUGAAGGUUUUGGGAGGGAAGGGUGUUUUAAGUAAUUUCCUGUCUUGCCCUGAUAAGAGUGAGUGGAAAUGGUUUGCUGUAAAUGGAGAGGUGAUGUUAACAUUCACAACCUCUGGUGAGGCAGUUUCUCAGGAUUUAAGGUGCUAGCAUUGGGUUAUACUUAUCUUCUGAAAUGAAUCAUGGGUGAAAUUCCCACAAAGCAAGGGAAUUACAGAAGGACAAUAUAAUUGUGCUGGCUAGUGUGCUUGGGAUAUAAUAAUUUUGAAACUUUUCCUCAAGCCAUUCUGGAGACCUUGAGCUUGACUGUUCUGUCUUAAAGUAGUAUAUAAAUCAUAAGGAACUGUACUGAAAUCAAUGGUGUAUUGGUUUUAUACCAGAAUAAAAGAGGUCAGAAUCAGUCAUUUGGUCUUUAGCCACACUCAAAGUCUUGUUAAGGUAAUUAUAAAAUGUCCAGAGUCCACUCUGCCACAAGAGCAGUUUUAAUUUCAUUUCUGUUGAACUGCUGGUUCUAAAGAUAAUCUUCAAAUGUUAAGUAAGCCUAUCUCAAUGCAGAGCUAUGUUUCCUAUUAUUCAAGCAGGUUGGAAUAGAAGCUGUAAGAAAGGGUGACUGAUCUGUUUCAUUUCAGUAGCAUGUGUGCUCUGAAGCCUAAUGAUGACAACUCAAGUACUUGUUAAUUCUCUUCUUUUAAUGGCAUAGUCCAGCUAAUAUUUAUCCUAUCUCUGCCUAGCUGAUAAAGCCUCCAGCUUCUUUCUGACAUCUUCUACAAGGCAGUUUUGUAGCUAAUAGAACUGGCAGUACUAAAUAGGGAAAUGUAAAACAAAUUAAUUUAAAUGUAAAUAACAUAGGAGAUACUAUUGUAACAACAGUCAUUUGAAGUGACUGCAGAGGCAUUUUCAUAUAUAACUGAAAUAAAAAUCAUCCCUUUCUUAAAAUCACUUCCCACAAGCUACUGCCAAUUUCUAGUCAUCUGUGCUAGCAUUUCAAAGAACUCAGGGUGCCUUGCUAUAGGAUUUGGAGGAGUACAGCAUGACUUUAUUAUGCCCCUUCCACAACAGUUGCUGCAACUGAGCUUGGAGAAACUGUUUUUAAUUAUUGUGCAGUGAUUCUGAUUGCACUUACGAUGAUGGAAAACCAGCCUAACUCCAUUAACUUACUUCAUAUUCCCACUUAAGUAAGUGGGAAAGUUAAAUGUGCUACACCCACUAUACCCGGUCCUUGAGACCAAUGUAGAGGACUGCACAAGGUGUCAGGCUCAUAGAUGUUAGGGGGCUGGAAGGGACCUUGCGAGAUCAUCAGGUCCACCCCCUGCACUAGGCAGGAAAGACAGCUGGGGUCAGGUGACCUCGGCAGGUUAACGCAGGUGAGCAAUGAAGGUCAGGCUGUUGUCUCUUUGCAACUCAGCUCGCUGUAUUAGAGAACUGAGGUGUGACUUGCCUUGCUUAAUUGUGGCUGGAAAUUGAUAACUCACAUUGUAAGCAGCACCUUUCAUGCUUUCCUGAGCAGGUUAGAUAGGAAGAAGCACGUACAUAUUUUUAAGGCAGUUUUGCUGAAAGGGUUUUGUCGGUAGACUGAGCUAAUUGAAGACGUACAAAACCAGUUAUACUGAGGCUGAGGGGAGUUUUACUACAAAUCUGUCCUUUAAAAGGACACGGGCUUUGUUAGAGAUCUUUUGUCCUUACUGUUUAACACCCGUUUCAAGAACAUGAUAGUGAAACUUCCCUCUCAGAAUUAUUUUAUUUAAAAUAUGCAUGUAUGACUGACUGUUGGAUAAUUUGGAGUGUGUGAGGUUUUUUCCCCCCAUAAGCGGGGUGGGGGUUGCUCGAUUGGAGACAAACAACUAUGGCCUAUCACCUCACUGUUGUCCCGAGAGUCUACGCCAGUAAAACUAGUGAAAAACAAACAAAAACCGCACUGCAUUCUUCUUAUGCUCUGCCACUCAGCUAUGAUGACUUUUUCUCCUACUGCUUUGGAAGUCACUCAGAUUCCCUCUACUUUACAAGGGAGUUACUGUGGUCACAGAAGUGGAUGAAGAGGAUCAGUAAGCCAAAUGCCUGUCACUUUACUAAGCACACCUUGAAUAUGAGCCUGAAACAAGUAGGUCACUAACCAUUCAUAGAACAACAAAUACCACCUCUGGUCCCAGAUUCUCAAUAAAUGUAAACUGGUAAGGACUCCAGAAACUGAGCUUCGGUAGUUCCCGGCAGGUAGAACUGGAUGUUGUUAGAAAUUACUUUGAAGCUCUCUCUUCUACUCAAUGCUAUGGGAGCGUGCCCAGGAGGGUUACUGGAAAGCCUUCUAGAGCCUUCGCUGCUCACCGUCCUUCCCCCCAACCUUCCCCGCAGGGUUUCCCCCAAAGCUGCAGUAGAAGGGGAGGGCUCAUUUUCUGAACUAACUUUCCUUAAGUGUUCCUUUUAACUCCGGAGUUGGCAACCUGUGGCCCACAGGCCAGAUCUGGCCCAGAGGCAGCAUUUGUGGGGGAGGGGGCCUUUGGCUGUGGGCAUUCCCCCCCCCCUCCCCCGCAGCUGCAGAGACACGUACGUGGUGGUGGCGGCCAGUCCUGGUGUCAGCCCAUCUCUGACCCAGGGUGGGUCAUUCUGGCCUGUAGCUGGUGAAGGUUGCCCGCUCCUCCUCUUACUGACAGAACUUUUCUGCAUUUUAGCCCUUUAAUGUCUGGGGUGUUAUCCAUAGAGACUGCUUGGUAUUUGGACCCAGGUGGUGAUCUAAAACCUUGGGGGAAGCCCUGCAUUAUUUUUUUUUCACUUACAUUUUAACAUGUAAAUAAAUGAUGAGAAAUAACUGCAUUUAUUUCAGCCAGAAGAGCAUCUUAUAUCAGACCUGCACUGAGUUUGAAUCCUAUCUAAGCAUCCUAGAAGUAUUGUUAGUGGGAUUGUUUUUGAUUUUAAUAGCUUUCUAACCUUUUCCCUUGUAUCAUUUGAACUCGGUCAUCUUACUUUUCAGUCUAUGCCAAGAGGCAAAUUUGCUGUCUGUUCAGUUGCCCCAGCAGGCAGCUGAUUUUACAGCCACAUUAAAACACAUUAUUGUUAAAACAAGCCACCCCUGCAAGAAACCUACUUGCACAGCACUGUCUGUACUACGCACAAAGAACCCCUGCUCCCCUUUUCAAACAAUUUCUUGGCACCAGUGAAAAUUAGUUGGAUAGAAAAAUAAGGCAUUUUUCUUCAGAUUCAGCAGGGUUUCCUUAAGCAUUUUCAAUAUAGUUUUGUUGACCUAGCAUUUAAAAAAAACUCAAGAUAGAAAGCCAAGAGAAAAGGAUACUUGAGAUGGAAAUUUGCAAGAGAAGGCUUUUGCUGUAGAAGGUUAGAUGUGGAGCUGUCUAUCUCUUGCAAUGCAGAUGACUUAAGUCUAGCCUUCUUGUUCUUUCUUGGGACAGUUCUGUUGUAAGGAGCUCAUUGACUCAGCCCAAGCUGGAAAUUCUCCAAGAACCAGCAGCAUUAUCACAUUCCUUGUAUUAGCUUGUUUAAUUCCUAACCACAAGAGUAUAUCCUGCCUUUGUGGUCUCUGCAGAGAACCCCUUUUGACAUCAACUGGAGAGGCAUGCAGGCAUCCAAAGGCAGAAUGUGGCUCAUAUACCAUAAGAUGUUGAUCCAGCUUCUGUUGAGAAGGUUCUCACUGGCUUCAGUGUGAGCUGGAAUAGCACCUCUAAAAGCGGGGACCUUACACUGCCUCACUGAAAGCUGGAUGUUGUGAGCGUGACUCUUUUUUCACACUGAUGAAAAUGUGGAGUAACUGUACUGAAAUCAGCAGUGUCAUGUUGACGUAGGAGAGAACUGAGCCCACUAGAUGUCGGAAUGGAAUAUUUUUAACAGUUGCCUUCCCCAAGUAAUCAUGGUUGAUGUAAAUGUACUCAGGCUAUUGUGAAAGACACUACUCAAAAAAGGAACCAACUUGCCUUACUGGAGGCCAGUGGAUAAUUCCUUUUUUACAACAGAAAGGUAACGAUUUGCCAAUUUCGUACUUAAAUUCUUCUAAAAAUCCUUGAAGUGCCCUCCAUCUAUGUUCUGCCUAAUGCUGAUGCCAUCAGCUAGCCAUUAUGAUGCCAAAAGCACCUUUGGACAUGAAGAUUCUAAUCCUUUCAUUGCUGCUAUUUUUCUCUGUCUUCACUGAUUGUUUAAAAAUCCAAGAUUUCUGCUGGGGAGAAUUUCUGUCUGCAGCAACUCGGAGGUGGUCAGUAACACCCCAAUUAAUAUUCAGUCAUGGGUUUUCAUUAAUUCUGCCGUGCUCUUCAGAAGAACUAAUUUUUAACUUUCAGGGGUGGCAGGUUGAUAUUUAACUUGAAACAAAGUCACAGGAAAAGGAAUAAAAUACUGCUUCCAAACUGUACUUCUCUGGGCUAUUAUCCAUUAGCUUGUAUUCAGGCAAUCCAAGUUAAUGGAUCAGAUUCUGGUAUCUGUUACUCUGGCAAAUUCAGAAUAAAAAGUAAGACCAUUGAAGUUAGCUUGUACCUUCACCAGUGAAAUCAGAAUCUGACCCACUGGGAGUUUUACAUAAGGACAGUAGGAUUUAGCUGUUUAGACCACAUCAUCUUAUUUCAAGAUGUGCCAGAAAAUACUUAAAGGAAUUAAUACCAUUUAGGCCUGAUUCUUAAAAUGGUGAAACUCCUGUUCGCUUUGGUGUGGUGGAGUUAUUCCUGCAUAAACCAGAAGCAAUGCCACUGAAGUCAGAGGCAGUUGGCCUUCUAUGCACCUGAUAGAUGAUGAAAAUUGGGCCUUUGACUUGAGUGGACCAGGACGGGGCCCCUAAAGUCAGUGACAAAAUUAUAUUGAAAUCAGUGGGAGCAGGGAAGGGAUGGACGAGGACAAAUAUCUAAAAUUUACACCGUGGAGUACAUAGCUUAUUGCUGUGCAGAGAUCUCCAUUACCAUUGAUGGGCAUAGUGUAUGUCUUCAAAGAAUUUGUCAUAUGUCUAGUAAAUGUAAUGGCUUGCUUUGUUGGAAAAUGACCAACAAGAAUAUACAUCCAAAUACCCUGGGCUUUACCUGUUGAAGCUAAUCACUUUUAAUGUGACUGAAAACCUUCAAGUUGAUUGCUGUUGCUGAGAGAAUGAAAUCAUGCUGCUGUGUUUUUUUUCUUAUCAUCACUUUCAUUUCUUUACAAAUGUGGGCUGAGGGAGGGUCAGUGCUGACAAUUCAAAGGUUGUAUUUUCUCUAAUAAGGCUGUCCCAGGGAGGCUGGAUUUUCAUUGAUGUCACAGUUCAGGCUUAUAAUAGGUUUAGACUUCUUUUUUUAAAGGCUUGACUUAUUAGCCACUCUCCAACUACAGGCUUACACAAAUUAUUAACCUGUGUUACAACUGUGCAUUCAUCCUCCUUUUUAUAAUGUCCUCAAUGCCAUACUUGUAGCUUAAUAUAUUUCUCCUUUCAAAUCUUGUAAAAGUGAAUUCACAGGAGUUAGACUCCGCACAGCACAAAGAGCCCAAGCAAGCCCCUUAUUAAGGAUUUAGUGGUGUGUGGGGCUGAUACAGGUCCCUGCUAGAUCAGAGUGAAAGCUAACUAGGAGUAGGCUGCAUUUUUUAUGAUAUACUCGUACAAAACUUCAGUUGAAAUCAUUUGGGGUUGAGGGCCAGCUCUUGUAGGUCUUACCUGAGUUGAGUGAAGGAGCAGCUCAUUUUUUCUUAUAAAAAAGACUGACACUAUAGGUUUGAUUUAUACCCACUUUGUAAAGGUGUGAAGGACUGCAGAGGCAUGGUUCUUAUCUCAUUUGUGCUGGUGUAAUGCCAUUACCUUCAGUGGUGUUGCUCCUGAUAUUCACCAGAAUGAGUUAAAUAAAAAUUGGGGUCUUAUGUAUAUACCAUGCUAAAAUGGUGGUGUAAAUGUAGAACUUCAUAUAAAAAUAGUUUUCAUAUUUAAAACUAGACCCAGUAACAGUGUUAAUAAGGGGGAAGCCUUCUGCCUGGCAGAUGAAGUUCAGAGGUUCUCUUUCUUCUGAAGAAGCUCAUGACGUGGGAGAACAGCUGUUAUCUUAAUCUGUUCUUAAAAAAAUCCAGCAGAGAUCUUGGAUAUUUUUUAAUUUGUACGCGUUGCUGUAUUGGCAUCUAGCAAAAGAAACUUGCAAGACUCACUCUGGGAAUUUACUAGUAUGAGCUAGUUCUGUCCCCACCUGGGGAUGGAACACUUUCAUUAUUUGCGAUAAGUUUUGCCCUACCUCUCAACUGUGACAGAAAAUCAGGGAUAAGGGAAAAUUCAGUUUGCUUCUGAGGUCGAGUAGGUUGUUCUUUAAAAUGUAUUUCCAAGUGUUCAGUUUAAUGUGGGGAGCAAAGGUGAGAAGAUGAAGCUAAUGGGGACACACAGAGCAAUAAGGUUUAAGAGCAGUACUAAGGUUUUUGAAUCCUAAUCUUUCUGACACUUUGCUCUUGUUGCAUUUGGCUGCCUAUUAGUAGCUGAGUUCUAAUAAAAGAUGCACAAAAUUGACUGAGCUGUAAUUACCUAUCAAGGAAGAGUUGUGAGUUCAGCACACAACAUGAUACUUAGGGAUUCAAAACCAGAGAAAAUAGUACAAUGGAAAUAUAUAUUAGGGGUAGUCUGUCUUGAGUGUAAACACCGCAGAUAUGUUCCAUUUGAGAGGUAUCGUAUGAACUGUAAAUGUCCACUUGCUGCACCAAACCAUGGCACUGUUAACUGGUGUUUUGGGAGUGAAUGAAGGGAGCUCUUCACUUAAAACAUUAGUUUAGCACAUAAAGCAUGCAUUCUAUUAUGUCUACCUUGCAGUUGCAUGUCCAGCAAAUGUCGUUAAUAGCAUCUGGCUGAGUCAGUACUGAAAUAGGGUCUGGAAAGAAUCACCCAAGUUGUUCUGCAGAAUUUACAGGGUGGGAACAAGCACUGUGUCUUUAAGGGACAGAAUCCCGCUGUCUAAAAUGGGAAACAAAAGAUGUUUUCUACAACAUGACUCCAUCCCAAGGGCAGUGCAGAGGAGUAACAAGUUCCCUUUCAGUUAAAGGGAAACAUUCCCAAAGAAGAGUUACGUGCUGGAGGACUUAGAAUGCAGGUGAACUUUACAGAAAGCAAAGCAAAUGGGUACAAAAUGGAAUGUGUCACAUGGGGAAAUGCUCCUCAGGCUGCAGUGAAUAGAUCUUGGAAUCUGGGUGAGUAUCCCUGUACAGGGGGACAGUUUGCAAGGAUGAAUUCAGCUCAAGUCCUACAUAUUUUUCUAUUUUCAGGACUCAAAUGAGAUGUUAAGUGAUACACUGAGCUUUCUGCACUGGGCUGAAAACCUGGAACCCCCAUGUUUUCAAAGACGUGCACAAGGAUUGCAGAAUCUGUCACAAGAACACUUGUAACAGAAAACCAAAUUUUACAUGGUGUAGACUUCCCCUUAGUAUAAACCUGGUGAAGUCAGUGGUGUUCCACAGAGACUAAUUUUGCUCUAUGGCAUAAAGUGAAUGACUGAACAAAAUGGCUGGAGCUGGCUUCUCACUGUUGUUUGGUGGUUUUUAUUUUGUCACUCUCAUUUACAGAUAAGAAUAUUGGGAUUUUUUUUCACCCUCUCUCUCUCUCCUGUUCAUGUGUCUAUUGAAGUGAGAAAUUAAGUACAAUUAUGUUGCAUUUUAAAAUGUGUCUUCACUGAUGUUUCCAGUCUACCGUUAGAGCAGGGGUGGGCAAAAUGUGGCCCGGGGGCCGGAUGUGGCCCGCCAGGCCAUUCUAUCUGGCCUGCGGGGCCCCUAAAAAAUUUAGAAAAUUAAUAUUUAUCUGCCCCUGGCUGCCUACCAUGUAGCCCUCGAUGGCUUGCCAAAACUCAGUAAGUGGCCCUCUGCUCAAAAUAAUUGCCCACCCCCUGCAUUAGAGAAUUUAAACUCUUCCUUGGAUUGCAUCCAUGUAAUUCAGUUGAAUUCAGUUGCUUUGGAGGAGUGUAACUCAUGGUCUAUAGAGUCUGAAAACUAGAAAUUCUGUAAUUGGCCUUAUGCUUUCAUAUGUAACGGACCAGCAUUGCCAGCAUACUCUAUAGCUUUGUACUGCUGAAGUGAUACAAAGCAAGCACAGACUUAAUUUAAACAGAUGGGCCAGAGGGGUUUAUAGCAACUUUUCAGCCCUGGAGUGGUGCAUAGUGGCUAAGGUAUAGCAAUGGUUUUGAUACCAAAUCAACAAGUUGAAUUCAUGUGGAAACCACUUGAUUUUUUUUUUUUAUUGUAUGGUAUGUCCCCUUCUUUUCAUUAUUUUUGUGACCGUUGUGUUCUUUUACUUUAAGCUAUGUGCAAAAAUUGCUUAGAUUGCAAAAAAGCCCAGAGUCUAGAUGUUAAUUUUUUACAGUUAUGAAACACUGUCUCUCAGACUUAAUUUUUUUAACCAGGUAACUCAUGUAGCUGGAUGUUACUGACUGUUUUCCAUCAUCUCUGCUGAGCACAGCCUUUGCAAAGGGAACAUUCCUGUACCUUUUGUCUUGAGAGCCUUGCUACCAGAAGUAAUGCUGCUAUUUAACAAGCAGGCAUCACAAUUCACUGUGAUUCAUGAUCACUAAUUUUACAUUCAGUAUGCAGUUACUUAAUUAAGCAUUUCAAAUGUUCACCAAUAUAAAUCAUCCAUUCCCAAAAUGCAACCUUUCUUGCUAUGCUUUUUGUUAAAUAAACUGCAGGGUGACUUGUGAUAUGGGAUAACCAGAUUUUCAGUCUUCCUUAAGCAAGUUUUAUCUGCUCAAGUAUUAAUUUUAAGUGACUUGCUCCCUCUGUUCUCUGAAUGCCUAGAAUGGACAUAGUUUUACAAUUUAAGUGGGGUAUUCUUGAUGGUUAUUUUCAAAACUAAACUGUUGUUUUUUGUGUAAAAAGGAAACUAAAAAUAACUGCAACCACAAGUGGUAUUUCCUAACAUGGAACCAACAGAUCCAUCUUGAUAAUUCUGUUUUUCACUGGAGCAAGUGCAAGUGAAACUUCGAUCAAGAUGGGUUUUAACAAAAUGCUGGCUUUUGCUGUAUUGGCCCAGUAUGAGCCCUGGGAGGGCUUGGAGGGUGGUAAACCCAGGUAAACCAACCUGACUGGUUUCACAUUGAUGGUUUUGGCUUUUGUUUUGCUCUGACAUGCUGUUUUCUUUCAGAUGAAGAAUCUCAUGAACUUGCCUGGCUUUGGAAACACGUCAAGGGCAGGGUGCAAAACACACUAGUAGGACAUGACCCUUAACACUUUUUCUAAAGAGUAGCCCUAUAGGUGUAUUUCAGUACACAAAGAAGCUGUUCCUGAGUGAGCAAACAGGACGGGCUCAGGCUCUGGAGUUUGUCCGCAAGAAUGCUGCCAAUGCCAUCUCUAUGGCUAACCUGAUCAUGGGACUGUCUUCCAUCCUCUGCAACCUAAAUGGGCUAUACUACUGUGCUUGCUGGCUGCUCUUGAUUGGAUUCCUACUGGACCUAGCUGAUGGAGCAGUUGCUAGGCAACUGAAUGCUUGUUCAGCCCUGGGUGCCAAAUUGGAUGACUUUGCUGACUUCACCUCUUUUGGGCUGGCUACUGCUCUGCUGCUGCAGGCUCAUGGGAUCCUGGAUGGGUUGCUAUCUAUCACCUAUGUGCUUGCAGUUUUUGCUCGGUUGUGCUUCUUCUCAAGUGGGAUCCCUUUCAUGUACCGGGGCCUGCCAUGUCCAUAUGCUUCAUCACUCCUGACUGGAACAUAUAUCCUGACUGGAGGCAAUCUUGUAUUGCUGCGCAUGAUAGCCCUGGUAAUGAUCCUAUUCAUGGUUGAUCAGGGUUUCUAUCCCCACGACAAAGUCCUGGAGUCCCAGCCCUGGAAGAAGGUGGUCUACGCAGGGGGAAUCCUGAUGGUUUUGUUCUCUUCCUAUUCAAUAGCAUCUCUCUACUAUCUCAUUUGGUCAUCAUCUUACAUCUUCUUCCCAGUCGCCUUGUGGAGCAGCAAAGUUUAAUUGCAUGCUCAGUAUUAUGAAGAUGACAACAGCUUCAUAUCCCACCACGACAACCUGCCAAAGGCAACACCUGUGAUCUAAAUGAAGACUGAUUCUGUGUUAACAUCCACCAGUUGCCUAAUCCUUAGUAAAGCUUUCAUCUUCCUUACUUGAAAGUAACAGCUAUAGGAUGUAUUAUCACCUUGGCUAACACUUUAAGACUGGAUUGAUAGGACAUAAAAACACAGCCCUUGCAGGUUCCCUUCCUCUUGUAAAGUGCUCAUGUAGUGCCUGUUCUCUGGCACAUGUAAUAACUAACCCUUGAAGUUUAACUCCGGUUACUGGGGAAACUUCACUUAAACUUGCUGUGGUAUUUAUAUAGAUAUGAGUGUACAUAUUCAUGAUCUUAAACCUGUACUUUGGUUUUUAAUUUUAUGAGAGUCAUUUUCAGAAUUAGUGUCCUUUAAUCAUGAAUUUAGAAAGUUGUUUGCUGUGCCUGGAGCUGUAGGGCAAUAGACCACCUGCCCCCCACCACCUCCAUACUGGUCUUUAACUCCCCCCCCAGGUGUCCUAAACUCUCUUACAACCCUGGAAGAGUUCCAGAAAGGCAGAGAUUGCUAUCUGACCAAGUACACCCCUGAGAUCACUAUCUGAAGUUUUUGAGAUCAGUAUCUUAAGCUCUGAAAGUUAGUUUUGAAAAAUGCUACUUAACAUCGUAACCAAGUGACCUACCCUACCUAGCCAGCAUUGAAAUUGCUUGAGUGGGCCUAUUUAAUUGUGUUUGUAUAUAGAUGUGUGUAAUAUAUUUGUGGGCAGGAGAGAGAGAUUUUUUUUUUACUUGAUCAGUGUAAGGCAGUUUCAGAUUCUUCUCUGACCUCUUGAGCAACAGCACAUGAAGGCUAAAAAUACAGAGCACCUUUUGCAGACUGCUAGAGAGCACAACUAGAAAGUAAGUGUGCACAAAGAACCUGUGACUAGACAAAGCAGCAGGCUUACACUGAACCACCUAGUCUGAUAUCUGCUGCAGAUGCUAGUGCAGGGGUGGGCAAAAUGCAGCCCGCAGGCCGGAUGUGCCCCUCCAGGCCAAUCUACCCGGCUGGGGGGCCCCUAAAAUUUUUUAGAAAAUAUGCGUCUGCUCCUGGCUGCCUGUCAUGCAGCCCUUGAUGGCUUGCCAAAACUCAGCAAGCGGCACUCUGCCCAAAAUAAUUGCCUGCCCGUGUGCUAGUGGGUAGAGCUGUUACCCAGCACGAAGGCCUGGUGAGAACAGAGGCAUAGCUGGGAUUUGGAAUAGUGUAUGUCACAUUAUGUUUUUAGGUGAUCAUGAGCCAUGCUUCUCUGCAAACUGAGGCUUGAAACCAGCAAAUUGCAACUGUAGACUAUCCUUAACGCUCACAGAAAUAAAAAUCAGUGGGAUCCUCUUUACCUCAGUCCAAAACCACGAAUAGACCAAAAUCCACCUGCACUGGAAUCUAAUUUCUCUAGCGAGAAUCCUGUAUUGAAGGAAGAAAAGAUAGGAUUCCCAAAUACAAAUUACCUGCUAAGAUGCUGGAUUGGGGAAAACUGCUUGGACACUACGGGAUAAUGAUCGUCCCCCUAAGUUUGGGACUGAAACUAUCCUGGUAUGGUGACAUUGUAGCCUGUAUAAUUGCACCAGGACUGAACUUGGCCUAAAUGUAGCUUUGUAGCCUUUACCUGCGUUGUACUGUCUUACACCUGGUAUAAAUUUAUCCCAGUAACUGUAAGUUUGAGGGGUGGUAGAACUGUCCACUACUGAUUAUUUUUAGCAAUAGGAAACUGUUGUGGCUACAGUUUGUCUUGUGCUGUACAGUCUGUGGAAUACAGUCCCAGGACUUCACUCUUGAUGAAGUACCAGAGAAAUUGGCCCACUACAUAUGAGUACUUACAGGUUGUUCUGAUCCCCAGUCAUGUUCCAGUUGGGCAUUUGUUUUUCUAUGUCCAUUUUUUUCCCUCCAGUGCGAGGCAUAGUGGAAUGUUUCAAUGUUUGGGGAAUAGUGGACACCUGAUUUUGCUCCUGCUUGAUCCCAGUGUAAAUCUGGAGUAAUUUCACUGCAGUCAGGAAACGUUUUUUUACAUAAAAUGGGUAAGAAAGAGCAGCAGAGUCCUUACAGCACAAAUUAUGGUCUAUGCUGACAAAAUCAUAACCUGAACAUCAUUCCUAUAAAGAAAGAAACUGAAACAAGUACGUUUUCCAGUUCUGAUCAUUGAUGUCCUCCUAAUUAAAGGUUUGGGCUGACAGUGUAUUUGGGGGGGGGGGGGGGGAGAAGCAGUCAUACUCCUUGAGUUAGGCUUUUAAUUUUGAUACAAAAAUUCUAAAGAUGCUGUGAAUGGCAGGUAUGUCAAAUAAGCAUCUACAUUCAGCCUCUCAUCUUUCUCAGGGUCUUAGGUGUCGGGAGUCCCACUGUCUACAUGAUCCCACAGAGGGGCUGACUACAGGCCUCCUGAAGCUCUCCUCUCAUAAGCCUGGUCCUGUCUGGUGCUGAAUGCCUCCUGAGAUAUGCAGUUCACUUCCCCAGGGAACUGAAAGUGCUGUGUCUCACAUAACCAAACCCUAGACAUAUCUGCUGUGCUGUGUUUGAAUAUCAGUGACAAAGGAGUGCAACACCUAGUCGAGUUGUUAGUGCACUGACCAAUGAUACAGACAACUAUUGAAGUACGUCUUGUGUCAAAGCAGAUACACUUCAGCGGUUGUUUGUGCCACUGAGUCUCAAAUUCUGAGUGCAACAACAUCCUUAAGAAUUCAUACUUUGCUCUGUUGAACAGAGGUAGGAUAAAACCUAGCCAGGCUCUGUGGCACUAGUCAGAACUGUGUCCGCCAUAUCCGAAGAUUUCUGAGUCCAGGCUCUGGCAGCAUGGGGGCUGGACGCUCACCUUGCUAGGGUCAUCUGACUCCAGCAGUCUUUCCUGCCCAAGCACAGGGGUGCUGAACCUGAUGAUCUUGAGAGGGCCCUUGCAGCCCCUAACAUCUGCAAGUCUGUGAGGCACACAGUACUCAAAGGACAGAGCUUCCACUUGCAGGUAUUGACGUCUGUGACUUGAGCGGCAGUGGCAUUGAUGCAUCCUCGGCAGCCAGACAAGCAGCUCCAUUCUGAUGUGUUUGGUCCCCCACCAUUUUUUUUGUUCCAUUUUAGGAGGAGAGUAGCUAGGAAUUGCACAGUGUGGUAUCUUACCACAGCACGCUCUCAGCUAGAGAAGCAUAAACGUUCCCAGCUUGCAUCACCUUGCCUCCAAGAGUUCUGAUUCAAGUGUUCUUCUAAUGCCUCAUGGCAACUCACCCAAGGUGAGCUGCACCUUGCACUACUGAGUCAAUGUCCUUUGUCAGUACAUUCGGUUGGUACAACAAUGGAUUUGUGAGAGCAAAAAAAAGCUCACAACCAAGGUGUCCAUGAGCACAAGUGCACCGAGCGUAGCUCAGCUAUCGCUGUUGCAUGUGAAGUAUCUGUGAAAUUGUCCUGCCCUGGCAACUACAAUGUGAACACCGCUCAUCUGGUGAAUGUUCCACAACUGUACAUAGUAAUUUAUUAUAAGGGAGUAAUUGUGGCAUAGGUUUUUAUUGAUGAAGUCCUGAAUAAACUGUACAAAGAAUUAUGCCCCCAACAUUGGAAUGCUGUGGAGAUGAAACUCGUCCAGGUCUGCUCUUCCGUGAAUGUGGGGGAACUCUGAUUAACUCUUCAAAGGGAAAACUGAGAUGGGGAAGUAUCCGAGUCUGUCCCAGCUCUUUAAAAAAAAAAAAAACUCUGACAUGAGGUCAGGAGUUAUUAUAUUUACCUUUUACUGAUCAUUGUAGCAAAAUGCAUCUCAAACUUAAUUUUUUUCUGGCAUUUGCUUGGUUGAGGAGAAAGGGCACAGGAAUGGAAAAGUUGUACCUAAAACUAAUGUUCAAUCUCUGGAAAUAAAACACGAAGAAAACAA